GGAAUUCAGAGUCUUUGUUAAGGUAGGCUUGUACCGAAAACGGAAGUUUCGUGUAUGGGCCAAUGGGAAUGCGAAGUAUUUUGAGGCCUAAUUUACAUAAGGUGGUUAUAAAAGGCUCAAGUCAUCCGGGUUCCAGCUUGUUUUCCCGCUUCCUAGGCAACCUUCCUGUGUUUAUUUACAAUCAUGCCUGAGCCGGCUAAAACUGCCCCGGCUCCCAAGAAGGGCUCCAAGAAGGCUGUCAGCAAGGCGCAAAAGAAGGACGGCAAGAAGCGCAAGCGCAGCCGCAAGGAGAGCUACUCCAUCUACGUGUACAAGGUGCUGAAGCAGGUGCACCCCGACACGGGCAUCUCGUCCAAGGCCAUGGGCAUCAUGAACUCCUUCGUGAACGACAUCUUCGAGCGCAUCGCGGGCGAGGCUUCCCGCCUGGCGCAUUACAACAAGCGCUCGACCAUCACGUCGCGGGAGAUCCAGACAGCCGUGCGCCUGCUGCUGCCCGGGGAGCUGGCCAAGCACGCCGUGUCCGAGGGCACCAAGGCCGUCACCAAGUACACCAGCGCCAAGUAGAAGCCCUCCUGGAUGAGGCGCUCGCUGGCCCUUUUGCUCUCUAAAGUCUCUUGCAAGAGCCACCCGCUUAAAUCAGGAAAGAGCUUUAUCCACUUGCACUAGUUUCCAGUUCCUAUCCCAAAGUUACUUUAAGGGUCUUGGAAAAGAGGGUUCUGCAAGAUAGGUCACAGAGUUAACAGUGGAGUUAACAGAAGCGAAGUGUCUGGUCCAGGGCCGUGCGCGACACUAUCCACUUUUGUCUCCCUGGCUGAAGACAGCUGCCUUGGUUCUCUUUGGUGGAGUGUAGCAUACUGACUUUUUCCUUCAAAGUCUUGAUUUUGCUGGUGAAGGCACUUGAUGGGCUGAUCACUUUCCUGAUGCUGCUUUAGGCUGAGGGUUUCUGGAGUUGCUUACAGGAGCUUUGUGAAUCCAAAAUGAAUUCCAGACAUUGUUAUAGAUGGAGUGAGUCCUGUUUACUGAAUGAACAUUUUCAAGUUAUUGUUAAUCAAGUUACCAAUUAGUCUCAAAUCUUUGCUGGAUUGUUUCAUGUGCAAUUCAUUUUCUCAAAAAAUAAAAUGAGCAGAUAUAACCAUU